GGGAGACCGGAUAUAGUGAAUGCAGGGUCCGGGAGUACCAGAUAUAGUAAAUGGGGGGUCCGGGGAGAGCGGAUAUAGUGAAUGUAGGGUCCGGGGAGAUCAGAUAUAGUGAAUGCAGGGUCCGGGGAGACCAGAUAUAGUAAAUGGGGGGUCCGGGGAGAGCGGAUAUAGUGAAUGCGGGGUCCGGGGAGAGCAGAUAUAGUGAAUGCGGGGUCCGGGGGGAGAGCGGAUAUAGGGAGAGAGCGGAUAUAGUGAAUGCAGGGUCCGGGGACCGGCGAGAGCGGAUAUAGUGUGAAUGCAGGGUCCGGGGGG